AUGGUGAACCUAAUCUCAUCCACACUCCCGCUGGCUUUCGCUGCCCUUGCGGCGGCGCGAGUUUGCCGGGACCUCACCGUCGAGGUCUCCAUCACAGCGAGGAACGGCGUCUUCAACCUCACAACCCCCGAGACCAACAUCGACGUCUCAAACUUCCUGAUUGAGUACUUCGUGGAUUAUGCCAACGUUGGAGGCACCUACCAACUGGCGUCGACGUACUGUCACCCGGACUCCGGCCCCGGCCGCGUCCUUCAGAUUCUCACCCACGGCAUCGCCUUUGACCGCAGCUACUGGGACUUCCCCGCCCACGGCUACAACUACAGCUACGUAGGCCCCGCCGUCGACGACUACGGCUACUCGACCUUCUCCUGGGACCGCCUCGGCAUCGCCGAGUCCUCGCAUGGCGAGCCCGUCAACGAGAUCCAGGGCUGGCUCGAGCUUGCCGCCCUCAAGGCGCUGACGGACAAGCUCCGCGCUGGCACCGUCCCGGGGGUGGGCUGCACGUUUGAGAAGUUCGUCCACGUCGGCCACUCGUUCGGGUCGGUGCACUCGUACGCGCUGACGGCCAUGUACCCGGACAUCUCGGACGGUGUCAUCCUGACGGGCUUCGCGGCGAACUCGACCUUCCUGCCAUACUUUUUCCUGGGCGGCGCGUUCGUCGAGGCCAACAACGCCCCCUCGCUGAGCCACUACCCUCCCGGGUACAUGGCGUCUUCCUACGAGGGUGGCGUACAGAUCUGCUUCUUCGCCGAGGACAAUUUUGACCCCGCCAUCUUGAAGGCGGCGUACCAGAGCCGCCAGCCCGUGACCGUCGGCGAGCUGUUGACCAUUGGAGGAGAGGCGGGGUCGCCCAGCACUUUUGCGAAGCCCGUCCUCGUCAUCACUGGUGAAAAGGACCUGCCCUUUUGCGGAGGUAACUGCCUUGCGACCGGCGACCCCCAGCUGCCGUCGAUCCUGGCGGGAGCUGCCCAGAUCCUCAAGAACGCAAGCCCGUUUGAGUCCUACGUCGUCACCGAUGCCGGCCACGGCCUAACUCUCAGCUACUCCCAUGUCGAAGUGACCAGCAAGAUCCAAGACUUCCUCGCCCAGAACGGCCUGGGCAACUAG